GAUGGUCUUGUGUUGACCCACCUCUAAGGCCGACGAAGGCUGGAUGAUUGGUUGAUCGUCUUGUGUUCGCUGCCUGAUGAAGGUUGCCGCAUUCCAACACGUAGUAGUGUGACAACCGAGGCCAACGGCCUCGGGCAUACAAAUAGAGACCGUUUGGUAACCGCUUGGCCUACAGCAGUAUUAAGGAAUCGCGGUCGCGGCCGCCUUAGAACGGCAUACUGUCGUGAUAGGCCUCGCUUAGCUUCCUCGUGUUUACAGUAGUAGUCUUCCUCUUGAACCAGUGUCAGGAACUCGUUAUGCCCACUUUUUGAAGUGUCUAAAGUGACGUCUAAAGUCGUAACUCGUGACUUCAAAAGUCGUCUUCAACCAGUGGAAGCAACUCGUAAUGUCCACUCUUCGCCGAUCUCUUCUGCGCCUUCAGGCCGCCGUUAUUCUGAUCCCAGCCAUCCUCGUUAUAGGACCACCAUUCGAUGUAAAACACCAGCUCGUUGCAGCGCAGGGCGGAGAUUCGUCCAGCGAGUCAGAUGGGGGAGGAGCGGGAGCAGGCAAUGACGGCUUCGCGGAAUUUUCGCCGCUUUCAUACACUUGUCCGCAGGAAAUGGCGUCUCGCCCUUACUCUGACAGCUUCGAUCCCUCCUCUUUACUAUCCGCCAAGUUCAUAUCCGUGGGUCGCCUCUACGAGCAGCUCAGCAAGGCUCGGCUGCACUUGGGGGAGGUGCUAUCUGUGGCGCUCCAUGCAGGUCGCACCCUCAUCCUGCCGUCCGUUGGCAACAGCCGGAUCGGCACUGUAGCAGAUUAUGCCUUCCCCUUCUGCACUUAUUUCGACCCGGGCAGCCUCGGGCAGUUUGUGCCGUGGGUCUCGGAGGAGUUUUUUUAUGGGCAGGUGGUGCCGGCGUGGCAGGCAGCAGGGCGAGGGGAGGGGAGUGUGGUGGCGCUGGUGCUGGGAGAUAAUAAGAUGAAGGCUUGUGACGUGUAGAGAGCGUCCUACGCUAAGGUCGGGCGCAACACCAACACGCCCGGCCUGCAGCCCAAUGCCGAGCUUCGUUCCAAUGCCUCUCUCCUCCUUAACCGCGCCCUCCUCUCUCCCGCCCUCUGCACCCGCACCUGCACCACUAAACGCCGAGCCAAGCCGCCCGGAGCCGAGGACCUGCUGGUAAAGGACAGAGAUGCUACAGUGCUGCCAGGGGAAGAGCCGAUGGUGGCCCUGGGAAGUAGGGGAGGCGAGGAAGAGGUGGAGGGGAAGAAAGGGAAGGAAGGGCGAGAAAUAGAAGGUAGCAAGGAAGAGACUAUUACUGGCGAAGAGCCCGAUCGGAAUGCUGACGUGGCGGUGGUGUUCAAGUCGUCGCCACUGAUGUGUCUCUCCCGGAUAGGCCGGCUGGCAUCAAAGGCACAGAGGGCCCUGGUGUACCCACCGCACCUGCACCUUGUAGCAGAUCACUUUAUAACGAAGAAUUUCCAAGCAGGUGGGGCGAUGAAUGGAAACGGGGGGGGCACAAAUGGUCAAGAAAGUCAAGGAAGUCAAGGAGGGGGCGCAUUGUUUCUGGCGGCGCACUGGCGGCUGGAGAAGGCGCUGAGGGCGGGAGUGAGGGCGCAGCAGCUGGCAGCGUGUGCG